ACUCAGAAAAUUGUGGAGAUCUUGGAAAUGGCGAUGCAGCUACAUGAUGCUGUGGUGCUACUGGUUAGCAUCGUGGGUUUCUUCUCUCUUUUGAAACCAGUCAUCGGAUUUUUCAACUGGGUAUGGGUCGUGUUUCUCCGACGGCCAAAGAAUCUCAAAAAGUACGGUUCUUGGGCUGUGGUCACCGGCUCUACCGAUGGAAUUGGUAAGGCCCUUGCUUUCGAGCUGGCAUCCAAAGGUCUUAACUUGCUCUUGGUGGGUCGUAACCCUUCCAAACUCGAAUCGACCUCCGGCGAGAUUCGUGGACUGUACGGCACCGGUGUCGAAAUCAGAACCGUCGUCCUCGACUUGGGUAAGUCCAGUGGAGAGGAGAUUUCAAGGGAAAUUGGAGAUGCAAUUGAAGGGCUGGAUGUUGGGAUUCUGAUCAACAACGCCGGCGUGGCUUACCCUUAUUCGAUGUUCUUUCAUGAGGCUGAUUCGGAGCUGAAUCAGAGUAUUGUUCAGGUGAAUGCAGAGGCGGCUACCUGGGUUACCAGAGCAGUUCUGCCAGUAAUGCUGAAGAAGAAGAAGGGGGCUAUAGUAAACAUUGGCUCUGCUUCCGGUAGCGUCCCUUCCUACCCUUUAAACGCCAUAUAUGCUGCUACCAAAGCGUACCUCACAAUGUUCUCAAGAUCGAUCAGCGUGGAAUAUAAGAAAAAUGGAAUUGAUAUCCAGUGUCAGAUUCCAUUUUUUGUGGCAACAAAGAUGGCAAAGAUAAGGAAAUCAUCCUUCCUCAUCCCAUCUCCGGAGAUAUAUAGCAAAGCAAGCAUAAGACAUAUUGGUUAUGAACCUGUUUGCAUCCCCAACUGUUCGCAUUCCCUGCUGUGGGCCGUUAUUCAUGCCCUGCCUGUAACAGUGUUUGAUCACUACCUGUUCAAUUACAAUCUUGGCUUGCGGAAGAGAGCACUAGCUAAGUACUCCAUCAAAGCAAAGGUGAAGUAGUAGAAAUCCAACUUAAACGGGGUAUGCGCUUAAACGCAUCUACACUUUGUUUAUCUCCAACUCUCUGGCUUGUUUGGUUUGAGCUUUUUUUUAUGAUUGUUUUAUCUAAGGAAAAAGGUGAAAAAUUAGUUUGUCCAAUCCCUGUCACAUAAUGGAUAAGACCAACAUUUUAUCCUACUUGUUGCUACCGCAAUUCAAUGUUGUACGUCUUAAUUUUUCUCAUCCUCUCUAUCAAAGAAAGUUGUUAGGAAAUUUGAGAAGUACUGGUAUUUAAAAAAUUGAAAAGUCCUGU